AUGUCGACGUUUUCAUAUGCUCAGGCCGCUAAAGGCCACUCUACGACUCAAUCCAUCGGUUCCCAACCAAACUCGGCACCUAGCCAAGCGCCGUCGACGACCAGCACUCAAAGCCGCGAUGUUGCUGCUACGCCUAGCACGCGAGCUCCAUCCGUCGCGAUUUCAACCACGUCAAACGAUGGCUCGCAAAACACAAGCAGCUCGUCCAUCAAGCCGGAAUCAUAUAGCUUGAAUAGCAAUGAUUCAGACUGUGUUUCCACCAGCGACAAGGCGGCCGAACCGUCUAGUCUAUCGAGCGAGAUUACUGAGAAGGUACUUGGUGAGGUCGUCCCUCAAAGCACCGAGAGACGGGGACGUGGUCAAACCCUAAAUUCUCAACCCGCAGACGCUAGUGACGGCAAGAAGCCUAGAAAAGGGAAGAAGAGUAAGACGGCUGAGAAGGAGUCCGAACAGGACCAGGACAAGAAAGAGAACGUGCCACUAAAAGUGGAAUUAGCCGAAGCACCAAUGCCAUCAGUCAAUAUAUGGACUCAAAGACAGGAAGAGAGGGCCGCGAAGUACCAGGCGGCUCCUCCGGCGAUUGUACAAUCGCAUGGCUCGAAUACUGCAGCUAGUGGUUCAACGAAUGGAACGCUCAACCAAGCUUCUCAAGACCAAAAACCAAAAACUCCUCAUAGCGACGGGGCCGACGCAACUUCAGUACAGAGCAGGCCAUUAUCAGGGGGUAGCAGACCUUCGAAGAAGGAUUUCGAACAGUCGCGUAGCAACAGUAAUCAAGGCUCUCGCAGAGCAGCCCCGAGAGGUGCUAGGGCAAACAACGGUGAAGACAGGUCAUCGUCUGAGGCGCUAGCGCCAAUUGCAAGUAACACCUCGUCGUGGCCGACGCCUGAAACAGCGGCAACUGGUCUGAAGACUCAGACUACUAGUACCGGAAAGCCUGAGAAGGAACAGAAAGAUGAAUCUGGUCCGAGCAAGCCUCGGCAGAAAAAGGAGUGGACUCCUAUGGAUUUUGUGCCAACUGUGAACUUCGAGACACCUAUGCCGACGAGGGGCCCCCGGGGUGGUCGUACUGGUGGUUCCAGAGGCGGACGAGAUGCUUCGGUAAGAGGUAGCCAUAGCAGCAACGCCUCAAGCGGUAAUUUAUCCCACUUCUUAACAGCUGUAAAAUUUACUAACCCCUAUGAAGAUCGCGCACAAGAGAAUGGCGCCACUCCCGGAGCCGCCUCCGUUGCAAUGCCGGCUUCUAAGCGCGGAUCUGUUGAUGUAUCCGCAUCGCGGAAAUCACAGUCCCAAGGAGCUGGGAAACUAGGAGAGAUACCCUCGGGAAGCUCUAAGGCAGAUGUGUCAAAACAAAGUCUGGCAGAUUCCGCAAAUGGAAUAUUGACCCAGCACGCCGCUACUCGAACCACAGGCUUAAACCAGCGAGUGGAUGAGACCAAAUCAUCGCAGCCAACGAGAGACAACGGUUUCCAUAGUACCAAAGACUCUAGCUUUCAGGGACAGGGUAACGUAAAUCGCAAUGAGCGCCCUAGAGGAGGUGCACGAGGUCGUGGAGGCCACUCAGUUGUGAACGGCGUCGGCCAUUCAUCUCAGUUCAACCAAGGAAACCCUGCGUACAACUACCAGGCAAAUGCCAGUGCAAAUCCUAGACAAGCCGCCCACCAUGCUUUCACCCCUGGCUAUCCGCCAAUGCCAUAUGGCAAUUCGUUUCCAGCCCAGUCGACAGGAAACCAGCACCGCAGCCGACCGAGCUCGGGAAACAAUCGCUCACAGGGCAGUGCAAGACACCAAUCAAGAGCAGCAUAUCCAUUAACUAACAUGCCGUACGACCCUACCGUGUAUUCACACAGUAAUGGCCAAUUCAACCCGUAUGUUGACCCCAAUCACUUAUUGAGCGGGGUAUUGUCACAAGUGGAAUAUUAUUUCUCCAUCGAUAAUCUUUGCAAAGAUUGGUAUCUUCGAAAGUUUAUGGAUUCACAGGGCUUUGUCCCUCUAAAUGUCAUCGCCGGAUUCAAGCGAAUGCAAGAAAUUGCAGCGGAUUGGCAGCUAAUCCGCAUAGCUUGCGACAGUUCCCCUCAUAUCGAAUACAUCAUCACAGAUGAGGGUCAAGACAAGGUGCGACGUCGAGAGCAGUGGGAACCUUGGGUACUUGCGAUGCAUGUGAGACAUCCAACUGCACAGCAUGAUGGCCCCAUGAGCUAUCGUCCAUUCGAAUCCCACAUGGCAUUCUGGCCUCAGAUGUUCUCAUACGGAGUGGCUCCCAUGUUUUCACCAACAGGUACAGAAACCCAUUUCCCACAUUACGUCAAUGGGAACGGCGCGACUUCUCCAACGAACAAUGGAGCUAAUGGCCAUUUCCGUCCUGCUGAUUCUCAACUGUCGGCGACAGUUCCGGAGUUUUCCCCCAUCGCCAAUCCUGGAAUGGAUAUUGCAAGUCAAGGCGCCGUAGGCACAUCAGAUGCCCAAGCCAAUGGCCUCAAGGCAGAUAAUGUUGAUAAGGGCUCUCUCCCAACCGGUUCCCACACUCUCAAUGAUGUAGAGCAGAUAGCCAUUGGUGACAAAUCAUCUACGAAUGGAGUCCAUGGUGGCCACGAAGCCGAGGUAUACUAA